GAAUUCUAAACCAACAUUAGUUGGCGAAGCAGUUUCAGUCACGGUUAGGGAAGUAAAGGGAUAUACAAUAUUCCUCAUGUACUUACAACAGAAUAAAUUAUUUCAAAGUAAAAUGGGCGUGUUGGAGUUGAAUGGAGUUGAUAGCAAGAAAGUGUUAGCUACCCUUGACGAGCCAUGUUCGGGAGUUCCAAGGAAAAGACGACGUCUGGACGACUUGACGGCCGAGGAAAGAGUCCUUCGGAGGAAAUUAAAAAACCGGGUAGCGGCACAGACAGCACGAGACAGAAAGAAAGCUAGAAUGUCAGAAUUAGAAUGCAUUGUUACACAAAUAGAAAGAGAGAAUCAUUUAUUAAAAACAAGCAAUGAAGAACUUCGUGCAAGGCUACAAAUGGUUUCAGAGGAAAAUAUAAAAUUAAAAGAUAGGUUUGGAUUAUCACCACACUCAACAUCAUCAGACCACGAAUACGCAGCUCCAUGUCCAUUACCACAAUCAGCAAAAUCGUCAUCAAAAGAAAGAAUAGAUGUCACAGACAUAAUCAGUGAUACAGAUCAAAUUGUGAUCAAGACUGAAGAAGGGUUACCUGAAUAUGCAUCAUUCAGAAAUGUUUCUCUGCAGCAGAAAUUUCAGAUUCUUCUUCUGUCUUUGAUUUGGUUGCACAGUUUGAGUCUGAAGACAUCAACAUCAUUGGACAAGCCAGCAAAGAAACUGAGGUGGAUGAGGUCCUUAGUGCAAUUCCUUUCAAAGUUGAAGAAUGUGACAGCGAUAUUGAGGAUGCUCUGUCAUCUGUCUCUGGGAGCUCCCCAAGCUCCCCAGACUCGGGUAUUGAUGGGGACACCCUUGAAGACAUCUGCCUCUUUGGAGAUGUUCCAAGCUUGGUGGGCAACUCGUCCAUUGAUGAAAUUCUCAUAAAUGAAGGAGACGUGAAGAGCAUUGCGGCAACCUUAGAUCCUCAAAUUGAUGAUGCUGUUGUUGAUGACAUGAUGUGGGAAGAUCCCUUUAUGGAGUUGUUUCCAUCUUUGAUGGCAGUCUAAAAAUUCUUACAUUCAUAGAAGUAGACAAUUGACAACUGCAGCUGUUGAAGUUACUUCUUCAGUAUUUUCAGUCAAGCUCUUGCCUGCAUUGUUGCUGCUUUUAUGUUGUUUCUGUGACUCGAUAACUAAUUUGUAUUGCCAGUAGCAAAUGAUAUCUCACAGUGAAUAGGAAAAAAUGCCAGCAAGCAGUUAAGGGACCAACACAAGUCAAUAGAAUAACUUAAGAUUGUAAAUUGUACAUAGAUAAAAUUCAUUGUACUGUUAUUUUAUGCCUAUUCAUUUAUCAGUAUUGUUCAAAUUUUAAUUAAUGGGCUGGAUUUUAGACAAGACACCAUUAGUUAACUGUCAGCAAAAAAAUGUGAAAUCAUUUAUCUACAAUUAUUUUUUAUGCAAUUCUUUUAAAAUUUACAAUAUUUGCUAUAUUGUAGGCACUUGUUGAUUUGAAGGAAUUAGCCAAAUUAUAGGAACUUUUGUCUUUUAUUUUUAAAGACAUUGACAUGUGAUGGUGUCUAAAUUUAGGGCACACCUUUGAUUUGAAUGUUAACUUAGAGUUGAUGUAGAUUGAAAUUUGUGUUCUUAAUAUCAUGUAUCAGCACUUCACACCAAUUGGGGGAUCUAAAGAACAAUGAAAAAGUUAAAAGGUG